GAGCUGGACCUCCAGAGGAGCGUGCAGGCUGUGCUUCGGGAGCUCAGUGCCCAGGCCCCGGCCCUGCAGAACCACCAAGGCAUGUGGAGAUGGUCCCUGCACAAGAAAGUCGAGCGGGAUCCCAGGAAGAGUCCAGCACUGGUCCGCAUUCUGCUCAGAGAACUGGAGAAGGCAGAAAGUGAGGACCUCCGACAUGUCAUCAUCCCCUUGCUGCACACUCUAAUGUACGUGCUUACUAAGGCCACAGGCAUCACAGAGGAGCUCUACCAGAGAACCUACACCUUCUGCACGAGGUUACUGACGCUGCCCACCCCCUACUGCACGGUCGCCUUGGACUACGCUAUAAGACUGAAAACUGAGACGGCCGUCCCAGGGACGCUGUACCAAAGGAUGGUCAUUGCUGAACAGAACUUGAUGAAUGAACUGUACCCCUACCAGGAGAGAGUGUUCCUCUUCGUGGAUCCUGAGCUGGUAUCUGCCUCCGUGUGCAGUGCUCUGCUGCUGGAGAUCGAGGCAGCCCAGGUGCAGCAGACACCGGAGGCCUGCAUGCGCCACGUGGUCUCCCAUGCCCUGCAGGCAGCUCUGGGGGGGGCCUGCCAGGCGGGCGCUCUGCACAGGAAGCUGCAGGCCAGCCCCCGCCGCUCCCUGGAGCGCUAUUUCCACGCCGUGGUGGCAGCCGUGGAGCAGAUGGCCAGCGAGGCCACCCCGAGCCGGGCGGGACACCUGGAGAGGCUGGAGGAGAUUUACUGCUCGCUGCUGGGGCCGGCGGCGGCCACGAGGGGGCGCUGCGGAGGUGACCCUCUCCAAGACCGGCCACCGAGCACCCCGCUGCCCAGCCCCUACAUCACCUUCCACCUGUGGACUGACGAGGAGCAGCUCUGGAAGGAACUGGUGCUUUUCCUCCGCCCGCGAUCUCAGCUGCACCUCAGUGCCAACUUGGAGGCCUUGGAUCUGCAGGGCUUCCAGCCAGACCAGGAGUGGGCCCGAGUGUCCGUGCUGUCCACUGACAGUGGCAUUGAGCGGGACCUUCCUUCAGGGGCUGAUGAGCUACCUGCUCCCAGCAUCCCUGAGGGGGAGCAUGCUGGGCUGCAGCGCAAAGGGGGCAUCAAAAAGCGUGUGUGGCCCCCAGACUUCUUGAUGCCUGGCAGCUGGGAUGGGCCCCCGGGGCUGCACCAGAGGACGGGCAGGCCCAGCGGGGAUGGGGAGCUGCUGCCUGGUGUCUCCCGGCUGCACACGGCCCGGGUGCUGGUGCUGGGGGAUGACAGGAUGCUGGGGCGCCUGGCCCAGGCCUACCACAGGCUCAGGAAACGGGAGACCCAGAAGUUCUGCCUCACCCCGCGCCUCAGCCUGCAGCUCUACUACAUCCCCGUGCUGGCGCCUGAGGAGCCCGUAGCAUCCAGGCAGCCCAAGCUGGGAGAGCUGGCCGCGUUCCUGGGCCGCAUGGACCCCUGGUACGAGAGCACCGUCAACACCCUGUGCCCCGCCAUCCACAAGCUGGCUGAGAUGCCUCCCUCCCUGGACACAUCCCGGACUGUGGACCCCUUCAUCCUGGAUGUCAUCACCUACUAUGUUCGCAUGGGCACUCAACCCAUCUACUUCCAGAUCUACACGGUCAAGAUCUUCUUCGGUGACUUAAGCCAAGACCCCGCAGAGGACAUUUUCCUCACUGAGUUAAAGGUGAAGGUCCAAGACUCCAAAUUCCCCAGAGAAGGUUGUUCACCCAGGAGGAGAGGCGCGGCAGAGGGCCCGGGGGCUGAGCUCUCCCUGUGCUACCAGAAGGCCCUGCUCAGCCACCGGCCCCGAGAGGUCACCAUUUCCCUGCGGGCCACUGGGCUGGUCCUGAAGGCCAUUCCAGCCAGUGACACUGAGGUUUCAGGGGCCCCUCACCGCCCCUCGACUGCCGCUCCUGUUACAGACCACACGUGUCUGAAUGUCAGCGUGACAGAGGUCACCAAGUCCUCCAACUUGGCAGGAAGGUCCUUCUCUACAAUGACGAAUACAUUCCGGGCAGCCAAUAUCCAGAUCCAGAGCCAGGACCAGAGGCUGCUGACAUUGUUGCUAGACAAGGACAAUCGGCGCACUUUCAGGGAUGUGGUCAGAUUCGAGGUUGCUCCCUGUCCAGAGCCAUGUUCCAGGGUCCAGAAGUCCAGGGAGUCAUGGGUCAAUUCACAUGGACAGAAGGAGAUGGAAAUGACCAAAGCCAAGCCCAAACCCCUUCUGAUGCCCAUCAACACUUUCUCUGGCAUCGUCCAGUGA